AUGUAUGCAUUGCCUACUAGUGCUGACCGUGCAGGUCACCUGUGCGUCCCGCCUGACCCAGGUAUAGGACCUGCUGCUCUAGCUACUGGUGAGGCUGCUGCUCUGGGUGCUAGUGAGUCUCCUGCUCCAGGUACAGGUGCGGCUGCUGCUCUAGGUGCUAGUGAGUCUGCUUCCUCAGGUGCGGGUGAGGCUGCGCUCUCAGGUACCGCGUUGGCUUCGGCCUCCCUCACCAUUACACUUGACUCUGGGGCUUCUCGCUCCUUCUUUCGGGACCGCACCACACUCACGCCGCUUGGUCGGCCGGUUGCAGUCUCCCUGGCUGACCCCUCUGGGGGUCCUGUCCUCGCUCACUUCUCCACUGUCCUCCCGUGUCCGGCUGCCCCCUCGGGCACCCUGUCUGGCCUGUACCUCCCCUCGUUCUCGACGAACUUGGUGAGUGGUGCAGACCUACAGGAUGCGGGGGUUCACCAGUUCACUCCUGCGAGUCAGCGGGUGACCCACUGCACGGACGCACGCACAGGCCGGCACCUGGCCAUGUUCUCGCGUCAGCCGGGGUCGAGCCUCUACACCCUGACCACUGAGUCUCCUCCUGUCCCCGCGUCCGGUCAGGUAGCAGCGUCGGGUCAGGUGUUUGCUGCUGCGUCCAGGUCUGGUCCUGAGUCUGCCCCCUGUACUUGUCGCCUCCUGUCUCACGAGACUCUCCUGUGGCACCACCGUCUUGGCCACCCCUCCUUGCCCCGUCUUCGGAGCAUGGCUUCCCGUGUCCUUGUCUCUGGUCUUCCCCAGUCUCUCCCUCCUCUCCCCUCUGGGCCAGGACCUCCCUGUGUCCCCUGUGUCGAGGGUCGCCUCCGGGCUACUCCUCACUCCUCCCACUUCCCCCCGACAGAGGCUCCCCUGCAGACGCUUCACAUGGAUGUGUGGGGCCCAGCCCCCGUCCGUGGGCAGGAUUACGAGCGCUACUUCCUGUUGGUGGUUGACGACUACUCGCGUUACACCACAGUCCUCCCCUUGCGCAGCAAGGGUGAGGUCACUGAGGUGCUGAUCAACUGGAUCCGCGAGGCUCGUCUCCGGCUCAGGAAGAGCUUCGGCUCGGACUUUCCUGUUCUGCGUCUGCACUCGGACAGAGGCGGAGAGUUCUCCUCUGGCCUUCUGCGUGCCUACUGUCGGAAGGUUGGCGAUGCGUCUGUGUUCCGUGUCUGGGGAUCUCGGGCGUUUGUCCGCGACUUGUCUGCGGACAAGCUGUCCCCUCGUGCUGCUCCCUGUGUCUUCCUUGGCUUCCCCACUGACGCCUCAGGUCCCCUUCUACGUCUCUUCCCCUACCGCACUUCUUCCCUCCCCCCUCCCCCGGACUUCCUUGUACCGACGCCGUUGACCCGGUCGAGGUUACAGGUGACUCUGGUGCUGCUGCGGGUGCUGAGCCUGGGGGUGCUGACUCUGGGGGUGCUGUGCGCGGGGGUGCUGAGCCUGGGGGUGCUGACUCUGGGGGUGCUGUGCGCGGGGGUGCUGAGCCUGGGGGUGCUGACUCUGGGGGUGCUGUGCGCGGGGGGUGCUGAGCCUGGGGGUGCUGACUCUGGGGGUGCUGUGCGCGGGGGUGCUGAGCCUGGGGGUGCUACUCCUGGGGGUACAGGGCCUGCGGGUGCUACUGCGGAGAGUGCGGAGCCUGGGGGUGCUGCGUCUAGAGCUGCUGAGCCUGGGGUUUCUCCUGCUGCUGCGUCUCGCCGGGAGCCCCUCUCUCCACAGGAGCUGCGCGAGUGGUUCGCUCGCCGCUGGAGGCGUGCUGCUGAGUCUGGAGGUGCUGCUGGAGCUGGAGCUGGAGCUUCUUCGACCGUCGAGGGUGCGGGUGCUGCCGGUCCCGGAGCUACUGGACCUGCGGGUCCUCCUGGAGCUGGAGCUGCUGAGGGCGUUGGUGUUGAGCCUGGUGCUGUUGGUCCUGCCGCUGGAGGUGUGGGUGGCGCUGGUGCUGUCUCUGAGGGCGCUGGUGCUGUCCCUGCUGCGUCUGGAGCUGCUGAGCCUGGGGUUUCUCCUGCUGCUGCGUCUCGCUGGGAGCCCCUCGCUCCACAGGAGCUGCGCGAGUGGUACGCUCGCCGCUGGAGGCGUGCUGCUGAGUCUGGAGGUGCUGCUGGAGCUGGUGCUGGAGCUUCUUCGACCGUCGAGGGUGCGGGUGCUGCCGGUCCCGGAGCUGUUGGACCUGCGGGUCCUCCUGGAGCUGGAGGUACUGAGGGCGUUGGUGCUGAGCCUACUGCUGUUGGUCCUGCCGCUGGAGGUGUGGGUGGCGCUGGUGCUGUCGCUGAGGGUGCUGGUGCUGUCCCUGCUGAGUCUGGAGCUGCCGCGCGGCCUCGGCCGUACUUCGUUCCGCUCCUACAGCAGGUUCUUGGUCUUUCUCCUUCGGUAGAGUGUCCACAGCCUGUCCAGUCGCAGUCACUGUUGGAGCCUUCCUCUCCUCUGCCUGCUCCCUCUCCUUACACUGGUCCUACUGGAGGUCUUGCUGAGCGUCGUGAGCCUGCGUCUCGUCCCGCGUCGCCUGUUCGUGCUGCUCGCGCUAGUGGUCGCGGUUCGCGUCAGCGUCCUCCUCCUGUCCCUGGCACGCACCGGAUGUCUCUGCGUCCGUCCACUGCUCCUCUGCGUGCCCCUUUGCCUUCGCCUCCUGAGUCCUCUCUUCCUGCGCUUGCCGACCCUGAGUCGGACUCUCUUCGCGCUGCCAGUCCUACUGUCACGCGUCUGCUUGCUACUGUCGUCACUGACCCCUCUUUUGAGUCUACUGCUGCGUCUGCUCUAGUCGCUGAGCUCGUUGACUUUGCUGCUCGCUGUCGUCUCGACUACGCUGCUGGUCUUGUUGCUGAGUCUGCGUCUGUCUGUCCUCCGUCCGUCGGGGGUGAGUGUGCUCUUGGCACGGACGUCCUAGAGGACAGACAGGAGGAGUUACAGUGUCUAGCGGCUGCUUCACCUCAUCUCGCGUCUGUACUGCUUGCCCCUGAGGGAGACCCGGAUGCACUAGACAUCCCGACUCCGCGUUCUUACGCGGAGGCCGUAGAGGGUCCCUACUCCUCUCAGUGGCAGGCAGCUAUGGAUGCAGAGAUGGCUUCCUGGAAGUCCACAGGCACCUACGUUGACGCAGUUCCCCCUCCUGGGGCGAACAUCGUCAGUGGCAUGUGGAUCUUCCGGGUGAAGCGGCCGCCGGGCUCUCCACCUGUCUUCAAGGCGCGGUACGUUGCUCGUGGCUUCAGUCAGCAGGCAGGGAGUUGA